GAUUUGUCUUGGAAACGACAAAAGCGGAUUAGAUUUGACUUCAAGCCAACAUUACAGGAGAAUCAAAAAUCUCAUUCCCAAGCUAGCCUAAAUCCAAAAAAGAGAAAUUAAUCAUUGUUCCCUUCUAAUUUUUCUCUCCCUCUCUACCAAAAGAACCUGAGAAGAAGGACUAGAAUCGGGAGAUGCCUUGCAACUGCGACUUCCAGAAGCUGAAGCCGCUGCUGCGCUUCCCUCUCGCCUUCCUCGCCCUUGGGCUGUCUGCCUGCGGCUGCGCCACAGUACUCGUCGGGUUGGUUGGAGGGUUCAUAUUCCGGCGAUGCGAACUUCCGAAAGUCAUCGUGCAGCUCGGUCUCUUGCUCAUGGAAGCCCCCUGCUUCGUCUUGAGGACUUUCAAAACAACUGAACGAUCCGAUGGACAAACGAGAGAAGUGCAAUAUGACACUGCACCAUGGGCACCGGAGCGCAAUGAAUCUCCAUCAAGCGACCAUGUCGUCAAAAUGCUGCCAAUACCAACACCACCGCCGUCGUUCUCGUCACCGCCACCUCAUGCAAAAGUUAGCAAUAUCAGAUCAGCGAAUUCACUGACUCCAUCUAUAGUUGUCGGCUAUCCUAACAUUGGCUUUAGCCGCUUCACCUACGAAGAAUUGGCAGCUGCAACAGGUGGCUUCACGAAUGGUAAUCUCUUAGGGGAGGGCGGUUUUGCGUACGUGCAUAAAGGGAGGCUCACAGAUGGCAGAGAAGUUGCUGUAAAGCAGUUGAAGGCCGAGAAAGGGUGGGCGGAGAGCGAUUUCCAUGUCGAGGUUGAUGUCAUAAGCCAUGUGCAUCAUAAACACCUCGUUAGCUUGAUUGGAUGCUGCAUCACAAAGGAAAAUAUGCUUCUCGUGCUUGAAUACGUUCCGAAUAAGACUUUGCAUCAUCACUUACAUGGGAAAGGCAAGUCUAUCAUCGAUUGGCCAACUAGAUUAAAGAUUGCUGUUGGUUCUGCUAGAGGGCUGGCGUAUUUGCAUGAGGAGUGCCAACCAAGGAUUGUUCAUCGUGAUAUUAAGGCAGCCAAUAUUCUUUUAGAUCAUUCAUUCGAGGCAAAGGUUGCAGAUUUUGGUAUCGCAAAGUUUAUCAAUGAUGGCAACACCCAUGUUUCGACUCGUAUAAUGGGAACUAUUGGAUAUUUAGCUCCGGAGUAUGCUUCUACGGGCCAACUUACUGAUAAAUCCGACGUUUUCUCCUUCGGAGUGAUGCUUCUUGAGCUGAUCACUGGAAGACAACCUGUUAUGAGGAGUGCUAACUCAACACUCCUCAGUGGUUUGGUCGAUUGGGCAAGGCCUUUGCUGACGAGAGCAUUGCACGAUGGAAACUACGACGCCCUCGUCGAUCCGCGGUUGGCGACAAACUAUGAUCCUAACGAGAUGAAGCUAAUGGUUGCUUGUGCCGCUGCUUGCGUGCAGCACUCGGCACCGCAUCGGCCACGGAUGAGUCAGGUCGUGCAAGCAUUGGAAGGGGUUAUAUCACUCGAGGAUCUGAUUAAUGAUGCAGCUCAACACAAUCAAAUUGCAAUACAAAUUUCGGAUGAGAUCUUCAACGCAACUACAAGCAGUACAAUGGAAUCAUGGACGGAUUCGAAGGAUUCAUCUCAUUAAUGGAGUUCAAAAGACAUUAGUAUGAGGCCAUUCAUGUUAGAAACUAAUGCUCAGGAGCACAUAAUAUCUUUCUCUUCAUGUAUUUUACACAUGUUUUUUUCUCAUAUGUAUUUAUCCAUAGUUAUUACCCAAGUUCUUUAAUGUUGCCAUCUAACAUGAGAAAGAUUGUGAAAAAAAAGAUCAUUUUUCUUUGACAUGAAAGAAAAGCAUAGAAUUUUCUUCUCUUUUUUUUGACUCAUCAGAUGUAAUUUUCAGACGUAAAGUGUAACUGUGUCUGAACAGCUAAACUUGCUUUCAAUUGCGAAGCGAAGAUCGAAAUUGGAAUGAUGUUAUAGUUCUUUUUCCA